AUUGUCUUUAGCUGUUUCAAAACCCUAACUCCAGAAUGAGAUAGUACUGUUUACAAGUCUUGUAAAACUAAAGAAGAAAACCCUUUCGACGCUUUUGUGAGGUAGUUCUACUCAAGAUCCCUUCAACAGAUCUCUACAUAAAAAGAAAACAAAACAAUGUCUUUGGUUGCGAACGAAGAUUUUCAACACAUUCUUCGUGUGUUGAAUACAAAUGUUGAUGGAAAGCAAAAGAUUAUGUUUGCUAUGACUUCUAUUAAGGGUAUUGGUAGGAGAUUUGCCAAUAUUGUCUGCAAAAAAGCUGACGUGGAUAUGAACAAGAGGGCUGGUGAACUCUCUGUAGCAGAGUUGGAGAAUCUGAUGACAAUUGUUGCAAAUCCACGUCAAUUCAAAAUUCCAGACUGGUUUUUGAACAGAAAGAAAGAUUACAAGGAUGGAAGAUACUCACAGGUUGUAUCUAAUGCUCUUGACAUGAAGCUGAGAGAUGACUUGGAGCGUUUGAAGAAAAUUAGGAACCAUCGUGGUUUGAGGCAUUACUGGGGUCUCAGAGUCCGUGGUCAGCACACCAAGACUACAGGUCGCAGGGGUAAGACUGUUGGGGUCUCCAAGAAGCGUUGAAGACUGGUUGUUGUUCUUUUUGAUCCGGGGAGUUCGUACGGUGAGAAGUUAGUCUUUCUGAGACAGACUUUUAAUCUUGAUACUACUAUAUAGUUUAGGCUUUUGAACAUCUUAUCCUAGUUUUGAGAAUUAAAGUGAGUGAGUAUGAAUUACAGAAAUCUGAAACAAAAUGUUUUACCUUGGGAUUUCUUGUAUUUGGCUAUCUUAUUGAAACAUUGCAGCCCAGAAAGCAGGGAAAUUCGAUUUGCAUUGGCUGGUUUAUCUAAAAA